GGCCGCUCUGUCCCAGCUCCCUCCCUGCCUGACCUCCCGGCGUGCCCCGCGCUUCCGGCCGCGGCUCCUUCCGGUCCCACCCGCCGUAGAGGACGGUCGCCAGGAUGUUGGCUUCCAGAGCCUUCAGCCUUGUUGGGAGGAGGUCCAUCUGCACCUCCCUGUGCCUGAGAGCUCAUGGACACGCUGGUGUUGCAAAAGCAGAGGAUUUCACCCUCCCAGCCUAUGUGGACCGUCGGGACGUGCCCCUGCCUGAGGUGGCCUUCGUGAGGGACCUCUCAGCGCAGCAGAAGGCACUGAAGGAGAAGGAAAAGGCCUCGUGGACCGCCCUGUCCAUCGAUGAGAAAGUGGAACUGUAUCGUAUGAAAUUCAACGAGACCUACGCAGAGAUGAACAAAGGAACAAACGAGUGGAAGACUGUCCUGGGUGCAGUGUUUUUCUUCCUCGGCCUCACUGGUGUCAUCCUCAUCUGGCAGAAGCACUUCAUGUACGGCCCCAUCCCGCACACCUUCUCCGAGGAGUGGCUGUCGGCGCAGACCAAGAGGAUGUUGGACAUGAGGGUUAACCCCGUGGAGGGCAUCUCAGCCCAGUGGGAUUUUGACAAGAACGAGUGGAAGAAAUAAAGCAACUCAGUGGAACCUGCUCUGCUUGAAUAUGAAACGAUUCCAUCACCUGUGCGUGACCUCGUUGCUUGUGUACUGGAACACCCUCUCCACCUACAGAAAUGCUAAUAAAUGUCUGGUUAACUUGA